UGGAGGGCGAGUCGUUGCACGGCUAACUUCAUAGGAUAAUCCAACCUUGGCUUUAACUCCCACAGUCCCACCGCGAAGUGCGGAGCGAUUGGAGUAACGUCUGUAAUUAUCGCGGAUGGUUCGUACGCCCGGGCGAUUCGGUGCUACUGCUGUUCGCAUCUAUGCGAAAAUAAACAUCUUUUUCCUAUAACCAUCCGUCAUCAGGUCAGCUGUCAAUUGUUGACCGAUCAACAUGGACAACGAUGCAGCUGUGCUUCGGAGGCUGGAGCAACUGAUGACUGAAUUUUUCUCACCACAAACCAGCAAUGAUCAAAAACGAUCAAUCGAACAGAGCCUUCAUGAAUUCGCGGCACAAAUCGACUCUUGGAGGCUGUGUCUUUACUUUUUGUCAUCAACUGACAAUCGCUAUGUCAGCAUGUUUGCACUCACUACUCUCGAGCAGACAGCAAUUGGACGUCGAUGGCCAGUGCUGGGAUGGGAAGACAGAGCUAUUGUAAGAUCAACGCUGUACACUCUCUCCCUAGAACGUGGUAUAACUCCGUUUGUUCGGAACAAGGUGGUCAAGCUGGUGGUUGAUAUCGCCAGGCAUGACUGGCCUCACUUUUACUCCGACUUUUUCUCAAAUAUUUUACAGUUAUUAGGUCACAGGCACACAAGACUAUUGGGUCUGGUUUACCUGAAAACUGCUUCUGAGGAAUUGGGAACCCCGAGAGAGGACUUACCACUUCACCGAAAAGCGGAAUUGCUUAGGUUGUUCAACAGUUUGGUACCAACCGCCUUGGAUGUUCUUACAGAACUUCUUGUCGAAACAACCAAACAUCAGAAUAGGUCCGGCACAAUAACUCCGCCACCUUCGCCGACGGGUGCUCAAAGUGCUCCUCUCCAAGGGAGAACUGUUUUAGAUGUGGAAGGACUUGCAGCUGGUAGCGGGGAAAUUUGCAUCAUCACCCUGGAAGUUCUGGCACAUUUGUUCACCUGGAUAACUCUCACUGAUCAUUUUUCUACCAACCUAUUGAACGUUAUUUUCACCUGCGCCAAGUAUCGUGAUUCAAUGAACGGAAGGCAGAUUGAGACAGCCGUGCAAGCAUUGACGACAAUAAAUGAACUGUUGUACCGCCCAAGCUCGCCGAGUGCCACAGAGAGCUUGCUGCUGCAGAUAUUUCAACGAGGGAUAGAACUAUUUCAAUCCAUAGAACAUCUAGAGUCCAUCGACGAAAGCUACUUAGAAAAAAUGACAGAGUAUCUGCAGUUAUUCGUUACAAAUCACCUCAAAAAGGUUGAAUCUUGCCCAAAGUUUCCCGUCAAUGCGCUUCUCGAGGUAUUAUACCAUCACACGUUUCAACGCUGCAUCACACCGAUGGGGUAUACUAGAUCAUUGGAGGUUUGGUCCAUACUGCUGGAAAGCACUCAGGCUCGCUAUGCCACAGUCGCUCUCGCGCUCGCAGAACGCGUCUUACAAAAAGUCACCUUCAAAUUUAACGCGCACACUCUAAAGGUUCUGGACACUGAUACAUUGGACGAAAAUGAUGAGACGGAGUGGCAGCAUUUUUUACGCUGCAAUAUCGAAUGCCUUGCCAAAGUUGCAGAUAUCUCUCCUAUACCGGUGUUCACACUGCUGUAUCAAUCCUGGCGGGAGAGUCUAUCAGUUUACGCAAAGUUAGGUUCAGCCGUAGCAAGUGGUCAGGUAGUGGUCCUGAACGAUUCCGAAGCUUCUAACGUAAGAAUUCAUUUACGGGACUUGGCGUCCAUGACUCAGGCUCUGGCUCGAUUGUAUGUUCAUUUUGUUGACAAACGUUUUGGAAAAAUAGGGGAUCAACCAGGGAUCGAUUGCUCAUUGGCCGAGGAACUAGUUUCGCAAACGUUCGAAGUCUGCACUUUUGCCAAGGACAAUCAACUGCACAGGGCCAAUCUUCAGCCAGUUGAAAUACUUCAAGACCUAGUCGAAGUAAAUUCACAGAUGUUGGCUUCACUCCAGGCAUGGUGCCAUUGGAUAUCGGAAAGGCCAGAAAAAUUGAAGGACAGUUUAAGUCAACGAUGCGUGCAGUCCUGUAUUUGGGCCUUGAUGCCUAACACGUUUCCCCAAAAUUUACCGCCAAAAUUUGUUCACUCAGCUGCGCAUCUAAUGCAGAGCACAGUUUCUAUUCUCAAACCAAACCUCUGGGAUCAACCUGCAUUUAAUGAUUUAGUUGUUGCCGGCUCCCAUCCGCAUCUUAAUCAGGAUACUGCAAAGGUCCUCAGGAGAGCCCUGGUCAACGGAAUAAUUCUCCCUGCUGGAGACAUCGGGGCGCGGCAAAGACUAAUGGGCACUAUGGUCACGGCUCUUUCGCACCCACUAGGAGGAGAGGGGCAGCCGGUGCCUCCUGAAAUUGUAGUAUCAUCGUCGGUACUAUCACUCAAAGAGUUGUUGGAAGAUUGUCGUUCGUCGUCUACAGCAAUAAAAAAACUCUUACACACUAAUCUAGAAUCAACAGUGAAUCGAGUACUGGAACUUCUCCCUCAUCUCAUCAGAUUUUCAGGAACAUGUGAAACAUUGCUUAGCUUUCUCCACAGCGCCUUUGCUGUUCUUCAGCAACAACUGGGACCAGAGUAUACACAAAAUGCGGCGCAAGCUAUGCUGCACAUCUUUACUCGUGAAAAUAUAUCGAUCGGACCAACGUUGGAUCAGCUCCUGGAAAUAUUGAUUUUGGUUGUGUCAGCACCUGGCAGAGCUUUCAAAGCGUUCGUGCCGUCAAUAACAGACUUGUGCUUGAGCAAUGUGUGGCCCGUUGUCAGGAGUGAUUUGAGCGAUCACCCGGAUACCACCAUAGUUUUAUUACGCUUGUUACAUAGUAUUUUAAUGCACCAUUGGCAGUACUUUUAUAACUCAUCCGUACUACGGACUUUCGGUAAUCCCGACGAAGCUGAGCCGGUUGAGCACAGAGAAGAGUUAGUCGCUAUUUUGGAAGCGUUUGGACAGGCGUUACUACAACCAGACGUGAACAUAUUUCGUCAGAGUCUUCAGAGUCUGGAACAACUAAACUCUAGAUGCCGUCUGUACCAGCGUUCUAUUUUCAAAACUAAUUUACUUGAGAGAUUUUUGGCAGCACUUUUGACAGUUUUGUUUCAAAGAUCUCACGAUCUCUUGGCCGACGAAAUAGCGACUGCAGUUCACAGUCUUGCGCUUGUCAAUUGUGACUGGUUUUUUGGUGAAUUUUUGCCAAAAUUUUUAACUGGAUGUGAGGGACUAGACGACGAACAGAGAUGCACACUUUUAGAAAACUUUGACCGAGCAACAGAUCAACCGACAUUGACAAGAUCUGUUCUUCGUAUGGUGACUGAUUUGAGGUGCUAUCAAUUUUGUCGGACUGUUUAAUAUAUGUAUUAUACAUACAUAUCUCCUUUCCUCCACUCUCAUAUAAAUGCGCUAGUACAUUACAUGACUUUCUGUAUUUUUGUUACGAAACGAAGAGAAAAAAAAUAAUUAACGGUAAAAGAUAGUAAUUAAUAGCCGGCGAUAGUCUUUUCGGGAAAAGCAUUGAUAUUUCAUGUUUCAACUUCGGCGUACAAUUAUCAGUCUCGAGUUUUAAAAUUGUAUAAUUAUCAAUCGCAUUCACCCGAUGCAGCAAAAUACUGCCAUAUCUAUACAUUGUAUAUUCCUAUUACGUAGAAUAAGAGAGUCAAAUGAAUUUUAUUCGCCCGUUCAAUUAUUUAUAUAUAAAACUUCAUUAUUAUGAAUAAUUAUUACAAAUUAUGAAAUUU